CACGGACGGAGGCGCGCGCGAAGAAGCAGGUCGCAGCGUGGCAGCCAUGGGGUCGGAGGACACCGCCGCUGCCGCCGGCGACGGCAAAGUGGUGCUCAAGCGCAAAAUCACGCUCUUCAACGGCGUCGCCAUCAUCGUGGGCACCAUCAUCGGCUCGGGCAUCUUCGUGUCGCCGGCCGGUGUGUACAAGGAGACGCGGUCCGUCGGCAUGUCCAUAGUGGUGUGGCUGGCGUCGGGGCUGUUUUCGGCGCUGGGCGCGCUCUGCUACGCCGAGCUGGGCACGUGCGUGCGGCGAGCCGGCGGCGACUACGGCUACAUCCGAGAGGCGUUCGGGCCGCUGCCCGCCUUCCUCAGCCUGUGGGUGCAGCUGCUGGUGCUGCGGCCCGCCACGCAGGCCAUCGUAGCGCUCACCUUCGCCCACUACGCCACUGCGCCCUUCUUCCCGGAAGUCGCGCCGCCGUCGGACGCCGUGCGUCUCUUGGCUGCUGCCUGCCUUUGUCUGCUGACGGCGGUGAACUGCAUGAGCGUGCGCUGGGCGAUGCGCAUCCAGGACAUCUUCACCGUGGCCAAGCUGGCGGCGCUGGCCGCCAUCAUCGUCGCGGGCAUCGUCCACAUCGGCUCAGGCCACACUGAGUACUUCGACAACCCCAUGGCGGGCGACUACAGCAUGGGCAGCCUGGUGCUGGCCCUGUACUCGGGGCUCUUCGCCUUCGGCGGCUGGAACUUCCUCAACUUCGUCACCGAGGAGCUGCAGGACCCCUACAAGAACCUGCCGCGCGCCAUCUGGAUAGCGAUGCCCAUAGUGACGCUGACGUACGUGCUGGCCAACCUGGCCUACUUUGCCGUCGUGUCGCCGGAAGAGAUGCUGUCCUCAGCCGCCGUCGCCGUGUCGUUCGGCAACCGCAUGUUCGGCGCGGCGCGCUGGACGGUGCCGGUGUUCGUGGCGCUGUCGACGUUCGGCGGCGUCAACGGCAUCCUGUUCACGUCGGGACGGCUGUUCCGCGCAGGCGCAGCCGAGGGACACCUGCCCGUCGCCUUCGCAUUCAUCCACUUGCGCACCUGCACGCCCGUGCCAGCGCUCCUCUUCACCUGCCUGACAUCAUUGAUGAUGCUGACGACGAGCGACGUGUUCGUGCUGAUCAACUUCUUCAGCCUGGUGCUGUGGCUGUCGGUGGCGGCAUGCAUCGCGGCCCUGUUGUACCUGCGGCGCUCCCAGCCGCAGCUGGCGCGGCCCAUCCGGGUCAGCCUGGCACUGCCCCUGCUCUUCCUGCUGUGUUGCUGCUUCCUCGUCUUCGUGCCGAUCGUCGUCGAGACUACGAAUACGCUUAUAGGUUUGGGAAUCUCACUUUCUGGCAUACCUGUGUACUACAUAUUUGUAGCAUGGGAAAGGAAACCAAAGAUCAUAAACACUAUGAGUGAAAAUUUUGCAAUUGGUGUGCAGAAGUUGCUGGAAGUUGUCAGUCCAGAAGAAGGAGAAAUAGCAGCCAGUCCUGCAAAAACAUAAUGUGAUUAGGUACCAGUUAUGGUGACACCUCAUAAUGCUACAAAUAAAGAUCUGAAUCUGACAUUCCUGAGAAACCUGGACAAUGGGACCAGCUUGCAUCUGAUGCUACAUAUUUUGUUCAGCUGCACGACUUUAAUUUGAUAUUGACUUGCUUUGGGUGCAAAGUUGAUAAGACUUUAAUGCCUUUUUAUUGUGGCUGCAGUCAUCAAAUGAAAAGUGAUGACUUUUAUGGACUAUCCCAAGAUUAUAGGAGCAUAAAUUCUCCUACUCUGAACAUUUUUAUACUCAUUAUUUGAUUUAUUUUAACCUUAAUAAUUUGUGAGUGUUUUGUAUGAUUGUAUUAUUUAAAACAAUUGCUCUGUCUUCAAAUUUAUUGAAAGCAGAUAAUAUAAGGAAUAUAGA